GCAAACACCCUAAAUACUGUUCAGAGCUACUGAACAGACAUCACCACGGGCGCCACCUAUUGGGUGUUUGUGAAACUGCGUCACUUUACCGUUGGUUCGCAUUAAUUUUUGUAUUGCUUCGGUUCUAACGGUGCAGGCGGACAGGGAGAGAUUGAUACCCGCAAAACAAAGGGAGUUAAAUUAUUUACAGGGUAUCGCAUCAUUCUGCCUGUUUCAAAUAUUUGCAUAGAGAGUUACCCUCAAAUUCGAUUCGCUAUGGGAUAAACAAAUUUAAAGCCUUUUUAACAAUUCUUUGGGUUCGUUAAAUAACUAAAGUAGGCACAAAACUUGUUAAACUCGUUGACCAAUCUGCUAUAAAAGCGCAUAUCAAAGCAACUGCUCGAGCAGAUGAAGCUGGCUACAGGUGUAAAAUAAGGUUAGAGAAGUUAACACCAGAUCGAUUAUAAUAUUAGCUGGUCAACAUGUGCGGCAUUUUAGCCAUAUUCUCAGCGACUGGAAGAGCUAUUGGAAAAAGGCGUUUUCAAGGCAGCGAACACAGUUUGCGGGAGCUGGCCUAUCGACAGAGUGGGAGGCAACGGCAUCGCGGACCCGACGAUACGGGUGUCCUUGUUAUAGAGGAGCAGGGCGUGGCUUUGGUGCAUGAACGACUCGCUGUCAUUGGCGUGGAAACAGGACAUCAGCCGCUGGUGUCGCAGGAUGGCAACGUUGCCUUGAUAGCCAACGGCGAGAUCUACAACUAUGUGGAGCUGACCAAGCAGAUUGGCAAACGGUUGCCCGGCUAUCAGCCCAAGAGCGACUGCAAUGUGAUAAUCGAGCUGUAUGAGGAGCAUGGCAAGGAUCUGCUCCAGCACAUCACAGGUAUGUUCAGCUUUGUGCUCUACGAUCGUCGCAGCCGACAACUGCUGGUGGCACGCGAUCCCUUUGGCAUUAUUCCACUCUACAUGGGCCAGGACGCGCAGGGCAACAUGUGGUUUGCCUCGGAGAUGAAGUGCCUGAUGGGCGUGUGCGAGCAGUUGCAGGUCUUUCCUCCCGGUCAUCUGGCAGCGGGCACAGUGAAGCAGCAGCUCCAGCCCGUGCGCUACUACAAUCCGAGCUGGCGCCAGUUGACACCCACCCGGCAGGUGAAUCUGCAAGAGCUGCGCCAGCAACUGGAGCUAGCUGUGCGUACGCAUUUGCAGUGUGACGUGCCCUUUGGUGCGCUGCUCUCCGGUGGCGUGGACUCCAGCUUGAUAGCCUCUAUAGCUGCCAGGAUUAUGAGGGAACGAGACCCUAACUAUAAGCUGCGCACCUUCUCGGUGGGCAUGCCCGGCUCGCCAGAUUUCGAGCAUGCACGCCUGGUGGCCCAGCACAUUGGCAGCCAGCACUCGGAGAUCAGCUUCACUGUGGAGGACUGCCUGGAUGGUGUGCGCGAUCUGAUCUAUCAUCUCGAAUCAUAUGAUAUAGCCACUGUGCGUUGCAGCCUGCCCAUGUUCUACCUGUCCCGGCAUGUGAAGAGCACUGGCAUCAAGAUGAUACUCUCUGGCGAGGGCGCGGAUGAAAUCUUUGGUGGGUAUCUCUAUUUCCACAAGGCGCCCAACUACGAGCAGUUCCACGAGGAGAUGGUCACACGCUGUGAGCAGCUGCAUGUCUCUGACAUAUUGCGUGCCAACAAGGUGACCAUGUCCAAGGGGCUGGAGCUGCGUGUGCCCUUCCUGGACACCCAGCUGGUGAACCAUGUGAUGGGCAUACGUCCGCAGGACAAGAUUCCAGGUGCUUUAAAUGAAUUCGCAGGUGAACGCAAGUGGCGCAUGGAAAAGUUUGUGUUGCGCGAAGCUUUCGCUGGCGAUUACCUGCCAGACGCUGUGCUCUGGCGUCAGAAAGAGCAAUUCUCGGAUGGCGUGGGCUACGCCCUCAUCGAUGCCCUGCCCGAAUUUGCGGCUCGUCAUGUGACCGAUGCCCAGCUCCACUCGGCAGAACAACGUUUUCCCAUCAAUCCGCCCAAGACCAAGGAGGGCUACUACUAUCGCUGCAUCUUCGAGGAGCAGUUCCCGGGAAAAGCAGCCGCCAACACUGUGGAGAAGUGGGCGCCACGCCUGGACUGGGGUUGUCCGGAGGAUCCUUCAGGGCGGGCACAGGCCGCACAUGAUCAAGCCUAUGGAAAGUGUUAAAUAUUUUCAUUUCUUGU